CCGGCUCCAGACAGGAUGAUCGAGGUUGUCCGCAACGGCCGUCUAGGGAAGAAGGUCCGCGUUAAGUGCAACACCGAUGACACCAUCGGGGACCUUAAGAAGCUAAUCGCAGCCCAAACUGGCACCCGUUGGAACAAGAUCGUCCUGAAGAAGUGGCACACGAUUUUUAAGGACCAUGUGUCUCUGGGAGACUACGAAAUCCACGAUGGGAUGAACCUGGAGCUUUAUUACCAAUAGAGCGGACUUCCUGCUGACCACCCUCCCCUCCCUUUUGCUCCCCUGUCCCCCCACCCUCGUC